AUGAAGUCCGUGGGCAAACUAUUGAGAACACUGAGUGGAGAUGGCAUGUCGCCUCGCCGAGAUCGCAGGAAUCGAUCUCCAUUGCGCAACAAGUCUCGAUCACUCCGUCGCAAUCGGACCAUGGAAUCCCGACCAAACUCCCCACCCCCCAACGAUGCCCAGCUGUAUUGCAGCGACAUGUAUUCCGAGGAUUACGUCCGGGACAGCAUCGAUGCCGUGGCCAUUGAUAUCCACGUCGACACGAUUGUUUUGGAAGAUUUAAUUGAACGCAACAAUGCACGCCUUACCAAGGCCGUUCUCGAUUUGUUUGUCAAUACCACGCAAAGUGAAUCGUUGGAUGCACAACAGGAACAAGAACAACAAUCUACCGAGUUAAAACAAUCUACCGAGUUACGAGGAUCCUCCAAUACUUCUUCCACGACAUCCUCUUCAACCUUUAUGAGAUCGAGCACGGGAAGUUCAUUGACGGGCAGUUUUAGCCGCAAGAAAUCAAAACAGCAGCAAUCCAUGAUCCAAAAGCGGGUUUGGAAAAGCAUUCUGUUUGUGGACUGCAUCAGCGACGGAGACAGUUAUCAAGCCUAUCUAGAUCAAAAGCGAGAGUUUGUCGCCUCGUUGACCCGGUUUCUUCGCAUGAAGGGCUUCCAAAACGAUUUGCCCAUUCGGUUCAAUGCCAAAAUUGAAAUUCACACACUGCUCGAAGCGCCCACCAUUUUACAACUCUUGCAAGCCAUUCAACAAGACGAUACGGUCACACGGGUCGAAUUCGGGGGAGCGCUCCGACGAAACGAACGACGUGUUCCGGAAGAAUUUGAAAAAUUGAUUGAUCCCGAUACCUUGACGGUCAAGGAAAUUGUCAAGAUUCAUUUGCAUUACGACAAGCAGUCUCUGAAUAUUACCGAAGAAGAUAGUAUGAUCGAGGGACCCUCGAAAGGUAUGCAAGGGGCCCAACUAUCGACACGCAAGGGAAAACAACGACGGGGGAGUCAGCUCGACCCGGGGGUCCUCAUGACCCUUCAACGAUGUGCCUUGAUGUUGGAACGAAAAAUGACACCCAACGGAAGUUUGUUUAUGGAUGCGAGUGACUUGUCCGAUAUCAUGGAUGGCAGUGCCAGGAGUGCACCCAGUUAUACAAUAGACAGUGUCAAACCAUUUGACUUUGAUAGUUCCGAACAAGAUCACUCGGGGAAUAAUGAAGUGGCCGUGUUUUCCUCCGAGUCUUCCAAAUUCAUGACAGAUUCAUCCGAACCUGGCACUCGAUCAUCCGCACGACAGGAAGAAUCAUUCCCCAAUUUUAGACGGGCUCACACCGAUGGGGCUCCGCGAACGGCCGUGGUAUCACGAUAUGCCUUGUCGCCAGGGAAUGCUCCCGUAAAACGAGCUGUUUCGGUGGACGAAACAUUUUGGGACAAGGGCCUGGAUUCCAGUAACCAAGACGCUGGUAGUAGCGAGUUUUGGAAAGCAGAGUCAAUUCCCACCCCAACGCCGUCAUCUCAUCCAACAACUUCCCCUACUAGCAACAUCACGAGUGCACCCACGAGAUCAUCGCGUCAGCAAAGAAUCGCCAACAACAACAACAACACGAAUG